GGACUAUCGCAUCCGGGAACGUGUGUAUGAGACCCAUACCAUAAUGUUCGGUAUCAUUUCACAAUCUAGUUGGCCAAAUUUCUCUUUCGAGAACGCCGUACAUAUUGAGUAAACGAAUUUUAAAUAUUCCCGCCGCCUCUGAAGCUAAGGAAGCCCAGCGAUAGUAACAUCAUGAUGACGUAACGCAGCCGCACGAAUGGGAGGGCUGCGCAGACGACAGUCUCCGAGCUCGUCUGCUUCGGGUUUGAGUCGCCAUCGUCGCCAUUUACCUCGCGAAAAGUCAUCGAUAAAUACGCCGACUUCCGCUUGUGAUUGCGAGUUCUGACGCGACCAUGUCGCGUGAAACACGGUGUUACGUUCCUGGGUGUACGAACACUUCGGGCUCUAACCCAGAAGUGACAUUCCACAAGCCGAGGGACAGUGACACGAAGCGAAAAUGGGAGGCAGUAGUCGCCAGCAGACAUCCUGACGUACGAGGAGAAAUACAUGUGUCCCGCGUUUGUUCUUCACACUUUGCGGAGGAUGCGUACAUGGAAACGGAUGUUCUACAAAUCCGACUUGGAGUUCCGAAACGAAAGCGGCUGAAGGCUGACGCCGUGCCCACAAUAUUUCCGGAACCAACUCGGCCGCGGUCUGCUGAGGUCCAGUCCACCAGCUUCACUGAAGCCAGUGCAAGUGACGUGGAAAGGAUGGAAUCAGCAAGCGAUGCGGGUGAAUGUUUCAGCCUACAACAAUCCAUGUCAUCAGCGGGUCCGGAAAAUGUGCUAGUGCUGGAUGGACUGCCCCUUGAACCAUUUGUGCCCUACCAGAUAGUCAGCCAAUAUGGGUUCCAUUACACAUUAGUACCGCACAAGCCAGAAUCUGUAGCGGAAAGGGUUCAGGACAAGGAAACACAAACAGCUAUUCCGACAUCCACGCUUGGCACUCAAACUGGGUUCCACAUGCAAAGUAGGGAAAGCCAGACAGGCAUGAGCCUUCCCCCUUCCAGCUCCCUUCUGUUGACAUCAUCUGAACUAGCAACUUGGUGUCCAGAAGACAGCAACAUUGAAAGCGUGGAGGUCUCUGCAGGACAGGCUUCCAUGCAGCAUAUAGGUGCACCAGCAUUUGAGGAACUGAUGCCAACAGAUAUGCUUUACAUGCCUCUUUCGCCCGUCCACUGCUCCACCCCAGCUAGAGAAGAACUUGAUACAACCUUGGGAUCUACAUGCCAGCCUGAUCCGAAGGACGUGACGGUCCACUCAUCUGAAUUAACAGAGGGAUCAGAGACUGAAGAUGACGAAUAUGAGAAGGAACAUGAGGGACAUCAUUCUAAAUCCCAUGUGCAUCGAACGCUAAAUCCAGAGGAACGUCUCUUCCUGGUGGCGGAGUCAAGUCUGCGAGAGCUCCUGUCACAGUGUCCUUGUGGCAGCAGCGAUGCUGAAACAGACAUCACAACAAGGGGCACAUGGCUGAGAGCAGCAACAGCUUGCAGCUGUGGGAAACUGCGUACAUGGUCCAGCCAGCCUUGGGUGGAAGACAGACCACUCGGAAACAUUCUGCUCUGUAGUGCGAUUCUGUUUUCCGGCGUGAACAUAACCAAGGCAUUUCGUAUGUUUGCCAUGAUGAAGGUGCCAACACUGACUUUGUCGCAGUACUUCAGAACACAGAAACAGCACCUCUUUCCUGCCGUGAAUGAUGUCUUCCUGAGCAGACAAGCUGAGCUACUGGACCGGCUCCGCCCAGUGCCCCUGACCCUUGCGGGAGAUGGCAGAUGUGAUUCGCCAGGCCACACAGCCCUCUAUGGCACUUACACACUGCUUGAGACAGUUGCCAAUAGGAUCAUCCACUUUGAAUUGGUCAAGUCAACAGAAGUCUCAAGCAGCAAUGCCAUGGAGGUACAUGGUCUAAAGAACUGCCUUGCCUACCUUGAAGCACAUGACAUGGUUGUGGACACCAUAGUGACUGACCGCCACACUGCAAUAAAGUCUGUGUUAAGGGAAUUGUGUCCACACAUCAAACACCGUUUUGACGUGUGGCACGUUGCGAAAGGGAUCAAGAAAAAGCUUGUGUCUCUCAGCCGCUCCACAAAGCACCACGUUGUGAAGUUCUGGAUAGAGAGCCUUAUCCGACACAUAUACUGGUGUCCAAAGUACAGUGGGGAAAGUGGUGACCUUUGUCUGGCGAAGUGGGUAUCGGCAGUGAACCACAUUGUCGAUGUCCAUGAGCAUGACAACCCACUGUACCCAGUUUGUUAUCAUGGCCCAGUUUCAGAACCACGAGAAUGGCUCAAAGAAGAUAGUGAGACGUACGCAAAGGUCAAGGACAUCUUGACAGCACCCGCACUGCUCAGGGAUGUCCCUAUGCUUUCUGCAAAACAACAGACAUAUGGCCUGGAGUCAUACCACAGUGUCCUGAACCACUUUGUUCCGAAAUCCUAUUCGUUUUUUGAUGAGGGGAUGGUGGCCAGGUAUUAA